AUGUCGCAUCAACCAAUUCGUGUUGUUCAACCACCGAUACAACAAUCAGCAACAAAUUCAAGAGCUGCAAGAAACUAUCAAAGUUCCAACUCCAUCAGAUAUGAUGAUUUGAUGCAAACUGCAGAACAACAACGACGUUUGAUUGAUGCUAAUCGACGACUGAUUUAUGACCGUGAAAAACGUGGGAACCAUGUCGAUAAUGCACCGAUACGUUUAGCUGUCCUCAGGAAUGAGAUACUAUUUGAGGAACGUGAAAUGGCUCGUUUAAAAAUGAUGGAACGUGAAACACAACAAACAGUAAAUCGUCGAAUGAUUACUGAAAGACAAUUGAAUGAUUUACAGAUGAGCUAUACAUCACACGAGCAACAUUUGAGAAGUGUCAUUUCUAAGAUUACUUCUUUGCAAGCACAAUUGGAUAUACUGCGUCGUCGUCGGUUAAUAGCAUUAAAUGCAGCCCGUGAACAGCAACAGAGAUUGAUGAGCUCGCAAUUAAGGCCUACAAAAGUCGAUUCUAUGCAAACAUUACCUAUAAUAUCAUCAUCAUCAGUUGCAACAUCAAACAGUGAUAUCAUUUUACGAAAUGAUACCAGUGGAUCAAAAUCUUCAACAUUAGCUCCGCAGCAUUCAUCACCUCAUAUUAAGCGACUGGAUCUUCUAGAAAAUGAUAUUGGAAUAUUGCAGCAGAUUCCACCGACUUCAGAUUCUGGAAGACCAAGGCAUACUUCUGUUGAUAUACCUUAUCGACCACGAGCAUCUAUCGAACCGUUUCAGAUUACUCAGUCAAAAUCUAUUAUGGAUGCUAGAUCUGAAUUGUCUUCAAGCUGUCCUCCUCAGUUUCCAAAUAAGCCAUUCAGCGUUUCUACGUUUGGAAAAGACAGAGCAAAUUUCAUCUUUGUCGAUCGUAAUAGUUCACCUUCACCACCGAAAGAUCCAUAUCCGACAGUUGAAAAUACAUUUGACAAUAAAAUAACAAAAUUGGAGGAAAAAACGUUCGAUGUAGUUGAUCAUCAAAAUAAAAAAUUAUCAUCGUCUACAUCUGAAAUAGUGGAAAAACAUGUGCCGCAAGAACAGAAGAAUAUAAUUAUGAAAUCGAGUAGCACUGCGGUGAUGCAGGAUGAACAGUUGUCAUCGAAUAUGGUCGAUAAUACGAAACUAGCAAGAGCUGAUCAAAUCUCUAUACGACCCGAUACAUUGCGCGCUGCAAAAAGAAGAUCCUGGGCUCUUCAAGAGAGUGCAUCAUGUGAUGAAACCGAAUACAUCCGGAAGAUUUUACUUGAUGAGCAGAAAAAAGGUCGUACUCAUUUAUUAGUUGGAUGUAAUAUUGGCAAUCUUUUUGCCGUUGUAAACAAGAAUGCAACUCCUAUAAGCAAACCCGAAAUAAUCCAUGAAGAGGAAAAGGAAGCUGUGGAAGAUACUGCGACAACGCCUAACGAAUACGUGUAUGAACUUCUUAUGAAGGAUAUUCAACUUGAUGAAUUACCAGUUGAAAUUGAGCAAGUGGAAGAAAAUGGACAGGAGAAGAAGAUAUCUGCUGACGAGGAAUUUGUCGGAGAAGUAAUUAAUGAAACAGAAGUGGAAAAUAAAACAUCGGGUAUUGCGGAACUUAUCAAGCCAUCACCCAAGAAGGGUAUUCUUUGUCGUAAUAAAGUAAAAAAAAUUCCAAGAAAAGUAAUUUUCGAUCCGCUUGCAUUAUUGUUAGAUGCAGCUCUCGAAGGUGAAAUGGAUUUGGUGAAAGCAAGUGCAUCGAAGUUGCCAGAUAUAUCGGCAUGCAAUGAUGAGGGGAUUACGGCGCUGCAUAAUGCAAUUUGUGCUGGCCAUUACGAGAUUGUACGUUAUUUGGUGGAUUCGUUUGCCGAUGUAAAUGCACAAGAUUCAGAUGGCUGGACACCAUUACAUUGUGCUGCAUCAUGCAACAAUUUGCCAAUGGUAAAACUGUUGGUAGAAAAUGGUGCAUGCAUUUUUGCACAAACAUUAUCAGACCUGGAAACACCAGCUGAAAAAUGUGAAGAAGAUGAAGAUGGUUACGAAGGUUGUCAGCUCUAUCUCAAGGCUGCCGAUCAAGAAGCUGGAGUUGUAAAUGAUGGAUUAAUGUAUGCAGCAUAUGGCUAUGAUAAAGAACAGGAAGAUGAAUUAAGCUUUCCGGUUGGUGCUUGUUUGCGAGUAUUGGAAAAAGGUGUUGAUGGUAGGACAUGGUGGCUUUGUGAGAUUACAACGGAGCAUUGUAUUGUUAGAAAUGAAACAUCUGAACGAGGCUUAGUACCACGAAAUUAUUUAUCACUCUAUCCAAGUUUAUCAAAACGAAAUACUAAUUUCAAAAUGUUUGAUUUACCGCAAUUACCGAAAAUUCAUGAUUCAAAAAAGGAAAAUAUGGAUGUUAAAGAAUGGCGAAGGAGUAAUAGUUCAAUGAAUGAAAAAAAUAUUGAAGAAAUUGAGCAGUAA